AAGACAUUUAGUUGAAAGAUGACAAAAUAGGGUUAGGGGAUCAUUUUUAUUCUUAUUACCGAUUAAUCUAUAAAUUAUUUUGCAAAUUAAAUUUAAAAAUAUUUUUAUUGGAUUUACGCAGUUCGGAGUGUUCUUUAAAUGUCUCUUCUUAAAGUAGUAACUUAUACAAAAACAGUAGUAAGAAAUAUUAGUAAGCGUCAGUUUGAAUGGUAUGGUGAAGGAAUACACUACCCAGGAUUUAAGUAUUAUCCCAGGGAUCCCACUACAUUUAAAGAUCCACCUUACAAUCCCACAAAAUUAUUUAGAGUUGAGAGAAUCAAACCCUUAAAAGGGGCUCCUUAUUGGGAAAAACACAUAAUAAAGGAAUUUCAACUUGAUGGCAAAACAAACUCGUAUGUGAUUCUAAAGAAUAUUCCUGAAAAUAACCAAAGGUUAUGGAAAGUAAAACAUUUGCUUAAAAUUGUACCAAUAACAUUUCCCGACGGAUUUCCUAAAAAUGAUGAUGUAACAUGUCUCAAAGAAAAUGGAGAAUUAAGAAUUGUUAAAAAAGUUAGUUCUGAACAAGAAACUAAACUUAGAAUAUCUGAAGAAUUCAAAAAAGAUUUGAAGCGUAUAGAUGGUGAUACUUUAAGAAGACAAUCAAGAAUAAAAUGGUUGAGUGGUUGGAAUCAACCUUAAAUAUUUUUUUUGUUAGAUGAAUAUUAAAAAUUUGUAUAUAUAACUUUUAAUAAGAUUUUCAUUUCUUAAUUAUUAAUUUUUUUGAGAAUAAAUAUUAAAAUCAAAGA